CCAGAUAAGGAUGCGACCGCGCACGUUUUCUUUCUGACAGCCGCAUCCUCGUUGGGUACAUCACAACUGGAAAUCAACAGGAGUAAGUUGAGACGUUGAGGCUGUCGCAGCCAUGUCACAGCUAUAUUACAAGGAAACUGACAACUCCACAUACCGGGACCGCAUCCCCCUGCGGGUCGUGCGGGCGGAGUCUGAGCUCUCUAACCUGGAGAGGGCCUACCUGUGUGCUGUUGAAAAGGGGGACUAUGCCAGUGUGAAACAAGCCCUGGAGGAAGCGGAGAUCUACUUCAGGAUAAACAUCAACUGCAUCGACCGCCUGGGGCGCACAGCUCUGCUCAUUGCUAUUGAAAAUGAAAACCUGGAGAUUAUUGAUCUGCUGCUCAGCUUUAAUGUGUAUGUGGGUGAUGCCCUGCUACAUGCCAUCCGCAAAGAAGUCGUGGGGGCGGUGGAGCUGCUGCUCAACCACAAGAAGCCACGUGGAGAAAAACAGGUCCCACCAAUUCUACUGGACAAACAGUUUUCAGACUUCACCCCAGACAUCACUCCAAUCAUCCUUGCAGCCCACACCAACAACUACGAGAUCAUUAAACUGCUUCUGCAGCGAGGGGUUUCCAUUCCUCAGCCACAUGCUGUGCGCUGCAACUGUAUGGAUUGUGGGUCCAGUUCCGACGUGGACGGCUUACGCCACUCACGCUCCCGUCUUAACAUCUACAAGGCCCUCGCCAGCUCAUCUCUGAUUGCCCUCUCAAGCGAAGAUCCUUUCCUCACGGCGUUUCAACUCAGCUGGGAGCUGAAGGAGCUCAGCACAGUAGAAAACGAGUUCAAGUCAGAGUAUGAGGAACUGUCCAAUCUGUGUAAACAUUUUGCAAAGAACCUCUUGGACCAGACCAGGAGCUCUAAAGAGUUGAAAAUAAUCCUCAACUACCGCGAUGACAUCAACCCCAUGCUGGAUGAGAUCACUAAUGAUCUGGCCCGACUGAAGCUGGCUAUCAAAUAUUGCCAGAAGGAGUUCGUUGCUCAGCCCAACUGUCAGCAGCUGCUGGCGUCUCAGUGGUAUGAUGAGUUCCCAGGCUGGAGGAGGCGUCACUGGGCAGCAAAACUCAUCACAUGUAUCUUCAUUGGCCUCCUUUUUCCACUGUUAUCCAUCUUCUACGUGAUCUCUCCAAAGAGCCGUUAUGGAUUAUUCAUCCGUAAACCUUUCAUCAAGUUCAUCUGUCACACUUCUUCCUACCUGACCUUCCUCUUCCUGCUCCUGUUGGCCUCGCAGCAUAUAGCCUCUGCAGACCGGAACUAUCAAGGCCCAAAACCCACCACUGUGGAAUGGCUGAUCCUGCCCUGGGUGCUUGGCUUCGUAUGGACUGAGAUCAAACAGAUGUGGGAUAGUGGUUUUCAAGACUACAUAGAUGACUGGUGGAACUUAAUGGACUUCAUAGUGAACUCCUUGUAUCUUGCAACAAUUUCUCUGAAAUGUGUUGCCUUUGCAAAGUACUAUGGUCAAAAAUCCAGAAAUAACUGGGAAAUGUGGCAUCCGACUUUGAUUGCCGAGGCAUUGUUUGCCAUUGCCAACAUCUUCAGCUCCUUGCGCCUCAUUUGCCUUUUUACUGCCAACUCCCAUCUGGGCCCCUUACAGAUCUCACUGGGCCGCAUGCUCCUGGACAUCCUCAAGUUCCUCUUCAUCUAUUGUCUCGUGCUGUUAUCCUUUGCUAAUGGCCUCAACCAACUCUACUUUUAUUAUGAAACAAAUGAGGACGGUAAAUGCAAGGGUAUUCGCUGUAAUACGCAAAACAACGCCUUCUCAACGCUGUUCGAGACAAUGCAGACCUUAUUUUGGUCUGUUUUUGGCCUGAUUCCCCUCCAUGUGACCAAUGUGAAACCACACCAUGAAUUCACUGAGUUUGUGGGCAGCACCAUGUUUGGCACGUAUAACGUCAUCUCCCUGGUCGUGCUUUUGAACAUGCUAAUUGCAAUGAUGAACAAUUCCUACCAGCACAUUGCUAGACGCGCGGCCGAAAAUGUAAGAUUAAACCACGAGUAUCAGGAGGUUUUGAAGAACCUCAUGAAGCGCUAUGUUGCAGCAAUGAUCCGAGAUGUCAAGAGAGAGGAAGGGCUAACAGAAGAGAAUUUCAAGGAGCUCAAGCAGGAUAUCUCCAGCUUCCGCUAUGAAGUCCUCGGAAUGAUGAAGUGUAAACCUCAAGGUGGGGUCGCAAGUAACGCUGCAACCUCCAACUUGGCUUACCCUGGAAACUCAUUCAAGUACUCUCCCAAAUUCCCUACUGAUGAGCUUCAACAGAAGCAGUACGUGUUUGACAUGACCUCCCCCACCCUGCAGAGCUCUGUGGGCUCGAACAGGCAAGUGCAUGAUUCAGUUGUUCUGUCCAGCAUAGGACAAACCCAGAAGGCCCUAGCCAAGACUGUCUCAGAUGCUGGGUCCCUCCAGGGACAGACACUCCACUCUCACAAAUAUGAUGCAAUAUACUUAGAGGAAGAUAAGGAGAGAUUUGGUGGACAAAACCAAGAAGACCUUCAGAAUGAGAGAGUGAUUGUUGAAGUCUCAGAGAAAGUGGACAGGGACAUUCAGGAGAUUGAACAUUCUUGCAUUAAAAAUACUAAGGAAGGAAAAAAUGAGCCAAAUACAUCUACAAAAUAAGUAUUUGUUUGUUUUUUGGAGGGAUUUUGAUAAUGGUUUCAAACAUGUUUAUCAAAAAGCAUGAUAUUAUCUUCUGAUUACAAGUUAAACAAUAUAUGCAGUUAA